AUGUGGAGCUCCGUGGUUCGAACCACACUCCUUGCCACCGCGGUGCCGGAUCACACAGUCUUGUUUGGCAAGCACUACACCAACAACGGUCGCUUCGUGGCCGACUGGUCCAAUGCCAUUCCCGAGUAUGCGUUCUCCGACAAGCGCGUCAAGUGUACACCGAUUCCGGAAGCUGUAGUAGGUCUUGUGACACGCGUCGCAGAGAUUAUAGGGGCCGAUCGCUCCCAGAUUCUAGUCCACGGAGUAUUGUAUCCCACUGCGAAAUGCAAACUCGACUGGCACGCGGACAAUGAGAGUAUUUUAAACGGAUCGUGCAUUGCCUCGCUGAUGAACUCACGAUCGGGGUCCACGUUGACAACAUAUAUGUUACGUCCCGCUACUAUGGCACACACGACAGACGCAUCGUGGGCGAAGCCGGUAGCGGUGAACAACGAUCGGGUGCGAUUUGCGACUUUGGGGUGUGGGCAUGUCGGGUUCGUCAGACGUCGUUCCUUGUUCGUGCCGUACCAUCCUCGUUAUUGGUUCGGAGCCCGUGAGAUCAAUGUACGACGUGAACCCGUUCCCAAACCCACCGUGGUUGCUGCCACUACCGUUGUUGGACGUCAUCAUUCUCAGGGUGCAAGUAACAAGAAUAAAAUUGAGACUGUCCGUUUGACGACUGCACCCUAUCCUUAUAUACCCAGACGCGACAAUCGUAACGUGUGGUUGACCGGUGAGGUCCGAUCGGUGAACCACCCACGAGUCGGUGUUUUUGGUGGUACUAAUACAACGACCACGAGCGAGGAUGAUGGUACGGCCACAAACACCACGACUACGACCGAGGAGGAUACGCCUAAAAAUACCGACACAGACUGCAGUCUUGUGCUGUCGGCCUCCGAACAGACGCACGACUUCGAUCACUAUGCGAGUGUGCUGGACUCGCAGCUCAACAAACAAGUGAUGGAGUUUACGCUGCACACCAACGACUCCAACGGCGCCGGAGACUCUCAGAGGCCGCGCAACGAGCUCACGAGACUGCCCGAUGGGCCUAGCGCCGCGUCGCUCAAGGUCAACGAUCGCACAAUCCAGUACACGUUUGCGCUGAAGAUCGUGCCCCCCAUGGACACCGAGGGCAGCUCGCUGCACCUUUACCAGGUGUUUAACAACGGGCUGAUCGCCGUGCUGACGGUCAACAAGAACAUGGUGGCGCAGUUCCACUCUCCUGGGGGCGUGUUCGACAACAUUGACUUGUUCAAAGUCAAGGAACACUUUGACAAGUGGUACAUGUACAUGAUCACGGCAAGGUUCAGUAAGACGGCUCCAUCGCUGGAAUUCUCUGUAAAGUCUCUAGGUCACUCGGGAGCGGACCCACUGGCGGCCGUCAAGCCGCCGCUCAAAAAGACAUGGCCAUUGCCAGCGGCAGCUACCUGA